AUGCCACCUAAACAAGACAGUAAUAAUAAAGUGAACAAGAGAGUAAGAAAGUCAAUUACAAUGGAGGUUAAAUCUAAGAUUUUAAAACUCAAAGAUCGCGGUUAUUCGACUUCAUCUAUUGGACGAGAACUUAAUUUAUCACGCACUACGGUACAAACAAUAAUGAAAGAUAAAGAAAAACUCUUAACAGCUCUUCCUUCCGUCUCUUCAAACAGCACUAUUAUACGCAAAAGGAAUGCUUUAAUUUAUGAAAUGGAAAAACUGUUGUACAGUUGGAUUCAAGAUCAAACCCAGCGACGGGUUCCUCUAAGUUUGGCUAUUAUACAAAAUAAGGCGCUGAGUAUCAUCAACACACUGCAAAAUAAACGUGGCGAGAAUAAUAGUGACGAAACAAAAUGUUUUUCUGCCAGUCGCGGAUGGUUCAUGCGCUUUAAAACGAGAUAUUCGUUACAUAACAUUCGAGAAGCUGCUAGUGCCGAUCAUGUGGCUGCUCAGAGUUUUUCUGGAAUAUUAAAGGAAAUUAUCGAAAGUGGAGACUAUUCGCCUAAACAAAUUUUUAACGUGGACGAAACUGGUUUGUUUUGGAAAAAAAUGCCCUCUCGUACUUUUAUAUCACAGGAAGAAAAGUCUAUGCCUGGAUUUAAAGCGGCUAAAGAUCGUUUGACGUUGUUAUUGGGUUCGAAUGUUGAGGGUGAUCUUAAAUUGAAACCCCUUUUAGUUUAUAGGUCUGAAAAUCCUCGAGCUCUCAAAAAUUACGUCAAGAGUACUCUUCCAGUUAUAUGGAAGGCUAAUCCAAAGGCAUGGGUUACAUCAAUAGUUUUUGAAGAAUGGUUUACUAAGCAUUUUAUACCUGAAGUGAAACAGUACUGUUCAAACAAUAAUUUGGCUUAUAAAGCUUUACUUAUUUUGGACAAUGCUCCCGGCCAUCCUGUGCGUAUUGCCGAUAUUCAUCCUCAAAUCAAAGUCGUGUUCCUGCCUCCCAACACCACUUCGUUGUUACAGCCGAUGGAUCAAGGAGUUAUCGCGUCUUUUAAGGCCUAUUAUCUCAGGAGAACUUUUUCACAGGCUGUAAAGGCUAAUGAAAAUGAUGGCAUGGAGCUGAGAGAUUUUUGGAGUGUGGAAAAAGUUACGCCCAUUUUUUUUGAGCCAUUUGAAAGUUCAACAUCUACAGAUCAACCAAAUGUCGAUGAGAUCACAACUGACAUUGUUCAUUUGGCUAACCGUUUCCCUGACAUUGCAGUUACUACUGAUGAUAUUGAUGAUCUGUUAAGCUCACAUUCGCAAGAACUGACUGAUGAAGAUCUUAUUGAAUUGGAGGCACAAGUACAAAAGGAAGCACUCGAGUCACAAGAAAUAGCUUCUUCUAUUAGUGACUCUGAAAAAGAACUUACACUAAAAAAACUUUCCGUAGCCUUUGCAAAUUUGAAGAAUGCCAUGAAAAUUUUUGAAGAAAAUGAUCCUAAUUUUGAAAGAAGUUUUAACGUUAAUAACAAAAUUUGUGCAGCCUAUCACUGUUACCAAGAUCUGUAUGAUAGCAAGAAGAAAGAAGCCAAACAAUCUAGAAUUGAUAGUUUCUUUAAGCCAAAAGAAAGCGAAAUAGUAGAAGAGUUACUCGAAGGUUGUGCUGUAAUGGCUGAUCGAGGAUUCAAGAAUAUUGUUCAGCUUCUUGACAAUAAAAAUAUUGAAUUAAUUCGACCACCUUCAGUGUUUUACAAGGCAAACGAAUCGCUGCUAGACGUAUUCAUAUAG